AGUGUGCGGAUCGCCGUACGGUCGACAUAGCUUUUGAUGGCCACGUGCGCAGGCAGCGCCGUUAGCGAGACGAACGCGGGGGCGACGAACUGGCAGCAAAGGGUGUUCGGCCGGCAGCUGGUGCGAUGCAGCCAGGCGGAGUCGGCCCUCUGCGACGUGGGGAAGGUGCUCGCGAACGAGGGAGGCGAGGCCGCCUGCGAGACGAUCGGUGUGUACUUCAGUUUCAUAAACCCGGGCGCGACGUGUGACGACUUCACCAGACAGCUGAGCGAGCUUUACGGUUCCGUAAACGCCGCUCCCAACGCCACCAAGAAGCGGUUCGAGGUCGUCCAUGUGGUCCUUUGGAGCAACGUGGCCGACGUCAUCGACUUCCAGGAGAGCUUCCAGGGGCACGUGGCCGAGCUUCCGUGGCUCGCGGUGCCCAACGACGACUACGAGAGGAAGACGCGGCUGACGAGGAGGUAUCGGAUCAAAGCGGGUGUCCCGACCCUGAUUUUGGUCGAGGGUCGCACGGGAUCAGUCGUGACUCGCGGAGGCGUCGAACGCGCCCUGGCAGACCCGACGGGCGCGAACUUUCCCUGGAGGCCACCGCAUCCCAAAGCCACCCUCGUCGACGGGCCACUCUUGCCGUGCGGAAGCCGAGACAACAAGGAGCCGAUGCUCCACGAGGAGCUCAGGCACUGCGUCAAGGGUGUGUACUUCAGUGCCCAUUGGUGUCCUCCGUGCAAAGCCUUCACCCCACAACUGGUCGAUACCUACCAGAGGAUUCGAGAACGGGGGCACAAUUUUGAAGUUAUUUUUGUCAGCUCUGAUCGGAGCGAAGAAUCUUACAACACGUACACAGAGACGAUGCCCUGGUUGAGGAUACCGUUUUCACAAGAAGAAAGACGGCGGAAACUCGCCCACGCUCUUGACGUCCAGGCGAUACCAACCCUCGUGAUUCUGGAUCAACGUGACAACAUUAUCACUUUGGAAGGUCGGGCCGAGCUGCUCGAAGAUCCGGAAGGUUUGAAUUUUCCGUGGGCGAGCCGACUAGUCAACAUUUUAACGGAAAAAUACGCGACGACUCUUCACGACGCUCCAGCAAUCAUCCUCUUCGUAGAGGGUGAUGACUGCGAAAUACAAUUCGGAGAGACUGUUUUGCUCCCGGCAGCGGAAGCCUACCGACGUGAUCAUCCGGAUUACGAUCCUACAUAUGACGACCUGGAUGAUCACCUUCAAUUCUUCAUAGCAUUAGACUUUCAGUGCGAAACUUCGGAUAUUCUGCGAGAGUUUGUUGGCCUGGAAGAUGCCGUGCCACUCUUGACCGCAGUUGACAUUCCCCGAGGCAUUUACGCAGUUAUGGAGGAUGGAGCAGAAAUCACAGUAGAUUCAGUACAGCAAUUCGUCGACGGUUUCUUGAACAAUAAACUACCAACAAACAAAAUCGCCGCCGUCCAUAAGUCCGUCGCAGGAUCAGACCAGAUUUCAACAUAAGUAAUAAUGACAAACAACAGCUGUAGAGAAUAAACUGGAAUCCUGACUUCGUCAACACUUUCCGCCAAUAAGGUGCCGGCCUACCUAAAUGAUUAUGCAAGAGU